CAUUAACCCGCACCUUUUCCGCGAACAUCUAAACAAUCGCACAUCCGCCUUUCAAUCUGUGAGUGUUUGUGACCGACUUUUCUGCGUCAAAUGAGGCGUCGCAAGUUGUUCGUAGCCGUUACGGUGGCUCUUUGCGCUCUCGUCUCUCCUCUGUGCUGUGAAAACGUCCGCUCAGAGGACACUCGGAAUAAGCUGAAUAGCUCUGCAGCUGAUUUCGACUCAUUCAGAGAGACGUUUCACCGCAAGUACGAAGUGAACAGCGAAGAGUUCAAGCGUCGCCAUCUCUAUUUUCUGGAUGCUAUAAAGCGACAUGCACACCUGAACUCAUUUUCCACAACACUGCAGUCUGCCAAGUAUGGCGUCAACCAGUUCUCUGAUCUCUCACAGAAGGAAUUCAGAGAUCUCUACGUGCGAGCAAGCACUGACAGAGCUCCCCUCUUCUCUGGAAAGAAGACAGAGGGGCUCCCAGCCAAAUUCGACUGGAGGGACAAAGCGGUGGUGGCACCAGUCCAGAACCAACAAGCAUGUGGGAGUUGUUGGGCAUUUAGUGUGGUCGGUGCGAUGCAGUCGGUCCACGCUAUAGGAGGCUCACAGCUGGAGCAGCUCAGUGUGCAGCAGGUUCUGGACUGCUCCUUUAAAAAUGAAGGCUGCAAUGGAGGCUCCCCAGUCUGGGCUCUGAGUUGGUUGAAACAGACCAGAGUGAAAUUGGUCCUUCAGUCGGAGUAUCCCUACAAGGCCAAGACAGGAAUCUGCCAUUUUUUCUCUCAGUCUCAUGACGGUGUUGCUGUGAAGAACUUUACUGCACAUGACUUUGGUGGUCAAGAGGAGGCAAUGAUGGGUCAGCUGGUGAAGCAUGGUCCUUUGGCUGCUGUAGUGGAUGCUGUCAGCUGGCAGGAUUACCUGGGAGGUAUCAUCCAGCACCACUGUUCCAGCCAACGGUCUAACCAUGCUGUUCUGGUUGUUGGAUACGACACUACUGGGGAUAUUCCAUACUGGAUCGUGCAAAAUUCCUGGGGAACCACAUGGGGGAAUGAGGGUUAUGUUUAUAUAAAAAUUGGUGGAAACGUUUGUGGUAUUGCAGACUCUGUGGCAUCCGUUUUUCUUUAACAGCACUGUAUAUUUGUCUGUGCUUUGUGUGUGUGUGUGUUCACUACUGCCAAAAUUGAAAUCAGUCAUCUGUUUGCCUUCAAAUUACAUUUUAAAUAAUGUUUUUAUUGAGAUGUCACCAUCUUGCAUCACUAAAACUAAAUAAAUCACUUCACUUGUUGAUACAUUUUGGAUCAUAACUGAGUAAUUAGCACACAUACACCACUAUAAGACUAAUAACAACACAUGCACUGUAUAAAAUAUGUAUCUUAUUAAAUACAUAAGGUAGAUACAUGUCAUGGGUAAUAUAAGUCAAAUUUAUCUAUACAGAUAUCACAUUAAUCACCACAUAAAUACAUAACAAAACUGAUUUAACACCAAAUAGAAUACUAUACAAAACGCAUCUAUAACAACUAUAUUAUUAACAUUAUGUACAAAUUUUACGGUUCAUAUUUUAUAGUUUUACAUUUACAUUCUGCAAAUAGUUUCAAUUUAGAUGUUGACACUGAUUGUUUAUGCAGAGGUUUACACCUACGCCUCAUCUGAACAGCUCCCUCUCUGACACCUUCUCCACAAAAGAUGAUGGGUUUGUGAAAACUCUCCAUCGACAC